GGUACGCUCCCCUGGCGUCGACUUUGCAGGGCAUGUCGGGAGUUGUAGUCAACCAUCCCCGGCCUGGUUCCUCCGACCAGCACCGCUUCCGGGUCGGCCCACUGGGCAGGUGUCAGUGUAUUUCAGCGCCACGUCUCCAACAUGGUGAUUUCAGAGACUACAGAUAUACUCUUCAGAAUAAGAGGAGGCCUUGAACUAGCUUUUCAGCUAGCUACUGCUGAUGAAACUUUUAUCAAGAAAGCACUAAAGCAUGUGUUGAGUGACUUGUCAACCAAACUUUCUUCAAAUGCACUUGUGUUCAGAAUUUGCCACAGUUCCAUAUAUGUCUGGCCUAACAGUGACAUAAACACCAUUCCAGGAGAACUGACUGAUAGUUCUACUUGCAAGAACAUAAUGCGCUUUAUUCAACUUGACCAGGAAGAAGAUACAAAACGAAAAUUCAUGAGAAAGAAGGACAGAAAGUUAACAGGCAUGCAUCAAAUAGUAAAUAUAGAUCUUAUGCUGGAAAUGUCAACCACUGUGACAGCUGUAACCCCAAUCAUUGAAAGAGAAAGUGGCGGACACCACUAUGUUACUAUGACUUUACCAGUUGAUGCAGUCCUAUCUGUUGCUCCAGAAGAAACAUGGGGAAAAGUUCGUAAACUUCUAGUUGAUGCAGUUCAUAAUCAGCUAAAUGAUAUGGAAAAAUGCAUUUUGAAAUACAUGAAAGGGACAUCUAUUAUUGUUCCUGAACCACUGCAUUUUUUGUUACCUGGGAAGAAAAGUCUUAUAUCUAUAUCAUAUCCAUCAGGAAUUCCAGAUGCUCAGCUUCAGGUCUAUAGAAAGGAGUUGCAUGAUCGCUUCAACCUGCCUCAUAACAGACCAUAUUUCAAAAGGUCUAAUGCUUAUCACUUUCCAGAUGAACCCUACAAAGAUGGAUACAUUCGAAAUCCACAUACCUAUCUCAAUCCACCUAAUGUAGAGAAUGGAAUGGUUCAUGUAGUCCAGGGCAUCUAUGGUUAUCAUCAUUAUAUGCAAGAUCGGAUAGAUGACAAUGGCUGGGGCUGUGCGUACCGAUCUCUGCAGACUAUCUGCUCCUGGUUCAAACAUCAGGGCUAUACAGAGAGAUCCAUUCCAACCCACAAAGAAAUUCAGCAGGCUUUAGUUGAUGCCGGAGACAAACCAGCAGCAUUUGUAGGAUCACGACAAUGGAUUGGAUCUAUUGAGGUGCAGCUAGUUCUAAAUCAAUUGAUUGGUGUAACUUCAAAGAUAUUGUUUGUCAGCCAAGGUUCUGAAAUGGUCUCUCAAGGACGGGAACUGGCUAAUCAUUUCCAGAGUGAAGGAACACCAGUAAUGAUUGGAGGAGGAGUUCUUGCCCACACAAUACUAGGCGUUGCAUGGAAUGAGAUCACAGGACAAAUAAAAUUUCUGAUUCUAGACCCGCACUAUACAGGUGCCGAAGAUCUGCAGGUUAUUGUGGAAAAGGGCUGGUGCGGAUGGAAAGGCCCAGACUUUUGGAACAAAGAUGCUUACUAUAAUUUAUGUCUCCCUCAACGACCAAAUGUUAUUUAAAAUAUCUUGAGCACAAACACUGUAGCAAUGCUAUACUCUAAAUAUCUUAAUAAAAAAUUUAAUUUCAAGAUAAA